AUGGAAGUUGAGCCAAUUAGUCCACCAUUGAUAGCCAAGAAAUUAUGGAACAUAGUGAGAAUAAUGUUCCACAUGAUGAGGAAAGGCAUAUCAAAGAGUAAGCUAAUCCUUGAUCUUCAUAUGCUCUUAAAGCGUGGAAAAAUAGCCAUUGGCAACCUCUUGCUCCACCACCACCACCUCGACUACUACGCCGCCCUUACCUGCCGCUCCAACAACGUCAACAUGUCGUUCGUGACGCCUAGAGAGUACGAAUUCAGCUGCAGCAACACCCCGGUUUACCACUCCAAGAGCAAAAACCGCCGCUGGCGCCACCACAACCGUGUAGAAGAAACAAAUGUGGUUCAGAGAGUGUUCGAUAUGUUGAAUCAUUACGAUGCGGCGGAAUUAUCUCCAUUGACGCUCCCGGGAUUUGGGGUUAGCCCGAUGGUGAGACAAUUGAGGGUGACAGACUCACCAUUUCCGUUAAAGGAUACAGAGGAUAAUAAUCACCAAGUCGAUAAGGAUGCUGAAGAGUUCAUUAAGAAAUUCUACAAGGAUUUGAAGAAGGAAAAGAGAAUUGCUUCCCUUGAAUCUCCUUCUGCGUAUCACAUAUGGGCAUGA